UGACGAAUGCAAAACGCCAAAGAAAUUAGGAAGUUGCCACAAUGACGGGCAUGCGACAAACACCUCUGACUUGCAGUGGUCACACAAGGCCUGUUACUGAUCUUGCUUUCAGUGAAUCAACUCCUUUUGGUUAUUUUCUCGUCAGUGCAUGUAAAGAUGGCAAGCCAAUGCUUCGUCAGGGUGACACUGGAGAUUGGAUUGGAACAUUUGAAGGCCAUAAAGGAGCUGUAUGGGGUGCGACACUUAACCGAGAAGCUACCAAAGUAGCUACUGGAGCAGCAGAUUUUUCAGCGAAACUUUGGGAUGCCCUCAGCGGAGAAGAACUUCAUACGUUUGCCCACAAACAUAUUGUCAAGAGUGUUGACUUCUCAACUGACAGUAAUCUACUACUAACUGGUAGUAAUGAGAAAAUGCUGAGGAUUUUCGAUCUGCAGAGACCAGAAGCUGAUGCCAAAGUUUGUUUAAAUGGGCACACUUCCAAUAUAAGGACAGCCAUAUUUACUAAAUGUAACACUCAGGUUCUCAGCGCCUCUGAUGACAAAACUGUCAGGUUGUGGGAUGCCUCAAGUGGCGAAGAGAUAAAAAGGCUGGAGUUCCCAUCAAUUCCCAAUAGUUUGGAAUUGUCAGAUGACCAAAUGCUGCUUCUUAUCACUCAGGGAAACUUUACCAGUUUCUACAAUGCAGAAACGUUGGAGAAAAUAAAGGAGUUUGAGGCCCCAACCCAGAUCAAUUCUGCCUCACUUCACUCAUCCAGGAAAGUGUUUGUGGCAGGCGGAGAGGACUUCAAAAUGUAUAAGUUUGACUAUGAGACAGGAGAAGAGCUUGAAUCGUUCAAAGGACAUUUUGGACCAGUGCACUGCGUACGGUUCUCUCCUGACGGUGAGCUGUACGCCAGUGGAAGUGAAGAUGGAACAUUAAGACUAUGGCAGACAACAGUUGGAAAGACUUACGGCUUGUGGAAAUGUGUCAUGCCUGAUGAAGCUAUCAAUAACACCGAUUCUACACCAACCAAAGCCGAGACAUAGCAAAUCAUGUCUAAGUGAUAAGUCGUGUAUCGGUUCAGCCAAGAAGAGGUGCAAAGCUGCAGACAUUUGUCUGUACAUCUCUGUCUGCCUGUGAAGCUGCAACAUGCAAUCACAGCUCUCCUCCAAAUGUCUGCCAUGGAAAUGGUCAAAUGUUUCAGAUGUUGUGAGUUGAGACCAUUAAUGGCAGUUUGCAAGAAUACCACCACUGAAAUUUCUGGAAAAAGAUUUAUUUUAGAUUUUGGAUGCAAAUUGUACAUGUCUGUGACUGCGUUUCUGUGUCUCUGACUCAGCUUGUGUUGGUAGUUGAUUUGAUGAAUUAGAGCUAUAUUACAUCAAUAUCAGAUAUCUGGAACUUAACAACAGAAAAAGUCUGGAAAAUUUUAUUAUCUUCACAUGAACAUGUAUCUAGAUAUGUUUCGCAUUUGCUGAAUUUUUAUGUAUAUCACAGUGAAUUUUUCAAUGUUGGAUUAAGACAAACUCAGACUCGCAUGAUAGUAACUAUGUGAAAUGUGAAAGUACAAUAUUUAUUACAUGAAGACAUAUUUCGCGUGGAGGUAAACUGGUUGUCAUGACAACAAAUGUGAGACAUCUGUUGUUUGUUAGUCCACUGAAACUGUCUCCGACUCAUGUAAAACAAUUAUGAUAUAUCUGAAAGGAGCAUAUAUACAUGAAGAGUAUUGUUUAAAUAUUGCAAAGAGUUUAAUAAUUUAAUGUUAUUUUCAGGAUAUUAACUUUGGAGCAAGAAUAAAGAGAUGAGAUUCAA